AUGACGAGCACUGCAACGCAAAAGGAAACGAACAACGCGAGCCAACAAGCGAUAUCGAAUUUCCUAUUAGGGAUGGAUAGGAUCGCUUUCCGCGCUCCACCGUAUGUGCCAAAUGAGCCAGAGCUGUGGUUUAGCCAGCUGGAGCACAGUUUUGCCAGCGCUGGGAUUACGGGCGAGUCUAGUAAAUUCAGCUACAUGAGCGGCUGUCUAGACCCGCGAUACUCCACCAUCAUCAAGGACUUGAUCAUCGCCCCGCCGUCGGAGACACCCUACACCACGGCGAAGUCGGAAUUACUAAGGCGACUGAACGUGUCUCAGGACGCCAAGACACGCAGGCUACUGGAAGACCAGGUACUCGGCGAUCGUAUGCCAUCAGUGUUUUUGCGUCAUCUACGCGAUCUCGUCGGCGCCAGCGUGCCGGAGACACUUUUGCGUACGUUAUGGCUGGGCCGCUUGCCGUCCAACGUGCAAGCAAUACUAGCCACGCAAAAGGAUACUGCGCUGGAGAAAACGGCCGAAUUGGCAGAUUGCAUUGUCGAAACGAUGCAUAGUUCGCCACUCCAAUUCGGACAGCCGCAGAUGGCCGCAGUAGCAACGGCGACCAACGCGAUGUUGGAAGCACUGACGGCGCAAAUCGCGCAGCUGACGCAAGUUUUCAGGCAGGAGAUCGCCGAGGUGCGCAGAGAGGCCCGAGAAGAUCGCGAGCGGCCGCUACGCCAGCGAACGCGGAACCGCUCACCAUCUCGAGGACGCUCGAAAUCGCGCGGCAGCCACAGCUAUGACCAGUGUUGGUAUCACUGGAAGUUCGGUGCCCAGGCGACGAAGUGCAAAAAGCCUUACACCCAGAUCAGGUACCUCAUCGACACGGAAGCCGACCUCUGCGUCUAUCCCCGCACUUCAAUCCGUGGACCCGUCAAGAAGACGACGUACGAGCUCUCGGCCGCUAAUAACACGGCCAUUGCGACGUACGGUACAAUGACAUUGUCUCUCAACCUCGGACUCCGACGCACACACCUAUGGAGAUUCAUCAUCGCGGAUGUCCCCAAGGCCAUCAUCGGCGCGGAUUUUCUUUCUCAUUAUGGAUUACUCGUCGACCUUCAAGGGGGCCAGCUGAUUGACCGAGAGACGAAGCGCACGUCGCGGGGAGAAGUUCACAUCUGCGAAGGCCCCAGCAUCAAAAUCAUCACCGGAUCGACGAACUAUCACCGACUGCUCGCUAAAUAUCCGGACAUCACGCGGCCCGAUGGACGUACGCCAGUGACUCGCCACAAAACGCGCCACUAUAUCGAGACGACACCAGGACCGCCGUCUGCUCGCGAGAAAUUCGAGGUGAUGUUGCAACUGGGAACGGCGCGGAUUUCUAACAGCAGCUGGGCCUCGCCGCUACACAUGGCACCGAAGGGUGAGACCGACGAACGACCCUGCGGCGACUACCGAAGUCUGAACGCACGUACGAUACCGGAUCGAUAUCCUGUACCUCACAUCAGGGAUUUUGCACAGAGGCUUCGGGGCUAA